AUGUGGGAGCAAAAACAGUCAUUACUUUACGCAAUUAUAUUUAAAGAUGUAACUGAUUCUAAUGAUACUAUUCCACUUGCACAUGCAAUUCUUACAGAUCAUACAGUUCCUAGCAUUGGUUAUUUUUUUGCAAACGUUGCUCACAAAAUUGAUCAAAUUAAAAGCAAAUUAGUUCUCCCUUCUUUCUUUAUAAUUGAUUUUUCUCCUGCUAUUAUGAAUGCAACUCUUCAAGCAUUCAAUGAAGAAAAUAUCAAUACUCAUCUUAAUCGAUGUUGGAAUGUUAUAUGUGGCAAAUAUAACGCCAAACAACUUCGAUCAUUAUCACUUAUUCAUUUUUGUUGUUGUCAUGUUAUUCAUGCCAUAGCAAGAAGCUUAACUACUGCACAAAUUGAUAAAAAAAUUCGACGAGGUGUACUAUAUAUAUUCGCUUUUAUCUUAUGCAGUAAUGACAUCAAGCAAUUAUAUAAUAUACUCGGCUCGGUGAUUAAUAUAUUCGGUGAUCCAGAUGAACAGAACGCAAAAGAAAACUUUGAACGAUUAGUGUCUCUUCAACUUGAUGUUGAUGAAGAAACUGCGCAUUGUGGACGAAUAUAUUUACGUUCCAGUGCUCCGAUUAUUCAUCAAUCACCUUUUAAUCAAGAAGCCAUUCGUCUUUAUCCUAAUCCUGCUACUCUUAUUAAUCAUAAAUCUAAAUCAGAUAAAUCUACUAAUCCAUUAUUUUCUCCGUCAAUAAUACGUAUUUUUUAUCGAUGGUGGGCAUAUUUGCCUUUGUGGACAGAUUUAUUAUUGAACUUUAACGAGCGAUAUUCAAAUGAUAUCAUAACAAAUUUAUCUGUAAUGCAUUAUCCUAUUCGUCAUUCAAAUGCUCUUAUUGAAAGUUAUUUUCGAACGUUGAAAAAAAGUAUCCUUCAAGGUAAAGUUAAUAAUCGUCCAUUCAGUGUCAUUUUGGAAUCGUAUCGAAGUAUUAAAACACAAUUUAAAGCUAAUAAAUUUGAAGUAACACAAAGCUCAAAAGGUAGAAAACGAAAAAAAAAGAACACAACUUUAGAAGAGAAAUCAACUAUAGAAGUGAACUGGGGUAAAGCAGCUAACGAUCAAACAGGUCGGACCACAUAUAUGAAAUUGAUUGACAAAUUCGCAUCGAAACGCGCCCGCAUCAAAAUGAAUGACACUCAAUCUGAUUAUGUUGCAAAAAAAUUCAGUGAAUCAGAAGAUGCUACAACAGUUUCAUCAUUAAAUCGGUCAAUAUCAUCUUCUAAUGUGUCAAGUGAUAGCAUAUCUUCAGAAAAAUCUUCAGAACUUAGUAAAAGCUGUUCUGUAUCGCCUUCAUCCGAAUCUGAUUCAAUGGUAAGUAGUGAAUAUUCUAAUAAUGUUCGAAUCAGUUUAGGUAAACCGACGGCCGAUGAUGAUGAACAAAGCGAAAUUUCAAAUAAAUUUAAUUUUGAUACAAAUACCAUGUCUUCAAUCGUCGAUAUGUUGUAUCCUGUUGACUUGGCACCACUCGUAACAACUGAUCAAUCAUUCAAGAUGCCGCAUUGUCAACGUUCAUCUCAACCAGAAACAAUAAUUGAUGGUCAUGUAUUACGAUGGCCUAAUGCACCAGAAACAUCAUCUUAUUCAACGCUUGUCAAAAUUUUUCAUUUAGUCGAAAAGGAAGGGUGGGAUGCUGCUCGUAUCAGCUGGUUACUUAACUUCCAUCUUUUAAAACCAACUGAUCAACAACCAAAAAGCUUGUUCGGUUCAGCCGAUGAACAAGUUUUUUGUUUUAUUAAAGACAAUCAACGUCAUUCAAACACAAUUACAUGUACAAAUCUUCAAUGUACAGAUAAAGAGCGUAAUUAUUCAACAACAGAAUUACGAUUUUUUCCUUUCGAUGAUCAUAUCGAAAAAUUUGAAGCUGAAACUAUGGGAAUAUGCACAGCAAUGAUUAAACGUUAUGAUGAAAUGACAGAAGUGGAAGCACUUAAAAAUAAAUAUAAAGAUGGUCGAGUGCCAUUUGUUAAUUAUGAGACAAACGAGAAUGGAUAUAUCGGUAUUCUUUUAAAGAGCUCAUCUUCUGGUGCAUCAGGAAAAUUUGAAUUACUCAAACCUAUAUUAUUAAAACAAGAAACUAUAAAUUAUUCUUUUACUAUUCGUGUAAUGAGAGUUUAA